CUGAGGGUCAGUGUGCAGUAGAGGGACAGACGGGAUAUUCUUCUGUUCUACAAUCAGCUCCACCCAGUGCCUCUGCUCCUCACUAAUGCUGAGACAUGAUUGGAGCAGAGAGAUUCAUCCUCAUUGGCUGUCUGCUGCAAGGAGCCUUGGGCAGCAAUUGGGCAGUCUGGAUGCCUCAGAGUAUUGAAGCUCUGAUUGGAUCCUGUGUCCUGAUUCCCUGCAGAUUUGAGAUCCCAUCUGAAUAUGACUCAAAUCUAUCAGAGAUCCAAGCUUCAGUUAAUGGAAAAUGGAAAAAAGAUGAAACUAUAGUGUUUGAUUCCAGCAGCCAAUCUGCAUCUUCUCUGCAAGGAAAGAUCACUGGAGACCUGUUGCAGAAAAACUGCACUACAGUCCUGGAGAACCUUACAAUGAAUUAUCAUGGUCAUUAUAAAUUCAGAUUAGAAUGCAACAAUAGACUCAAAUAUAAUUUUGAACAAAGUGUUCAAAUUAAUAUCACAGACUCUCCACCCAAACCCAAGAUCCCCAUAAAGAGGGUGGAGGUGAUGGAGGGGACCUCCGUGAGUUUGAGCUGCUCUGCUGCAGCCCCCUGUCCCAAACUCCCCCCAAAUCUGACAUGGACCCCCAGGCUGAAUGACAGUGUGGAGCACCUGCAAGAGAAUGAGGAUCAAACCAAAUUUGUGUCUUCUGUUCUGACCUUCACUGCUUCCCACCUCCACCAUGGGCAGAAGAUCACCUGCAGGGCACUUUACACACUGCAAAAACGAGACACUCAGAGGAGGUCUAAGGCCAGUAUGAUUCUCAAAGUUCGAUAUGCUCCUAAGAACACGUCAGUGUCAGUCAGUCCCUCUGGAUCAGUGUUAGAGGGCAGCUCUGUGACUCUGACCUGCAGCAGUAAUGCCAACCCAGCAGUGCAGAACUACACCUGGUAUAAAGUGAAUGGGACAGAGAUGAACACUGUAGGAACUGGACAGAAUCUCACCUUCAAUGUGACUGAGUCCAGUGGCAAUGAACGGUACUACUGUGAAGCACAGAAUGAACAUGGAAAAGAGAAAUCAAAAACUGUACAACUGGCACUUGAUUAUCCUCCUAAGAACACCUCACUGUCAGUCAGCCCCUCUGGUUCAGUGUUAGAGGGCAGCUCUGUGACUCUGACCUGCAGCAGUAAUGCCAACCCAGCAGUGCAGAACUACACCUGGUAUAAAGUGAAUGGGACAGAGAUGAACACUGUAGGAACUGGACAGAAUCUCACCUUCAAUGUGACUGAGUCCAGUGGCAGUGAAAUGUACUACUGUGAAGCACAGAAUGAACAUGGCAAGGAGAACUCAACAACUGUACAGCUGAAUGUGAUAUACAUGCCUCAGAUCUCUGGCUCUGGGAGCUGCAGCAGAACUGCAGCAGAGAUCAGCUGCUCCUGUGAGAGCCGUGGGAAUCCCUCUCCCAGCAUGGAGUGGCGUGUGUCUGGACUGCGGGUCACUAACUCUACUGAGAGAGUCAUCAGGGAGGAGCAGCUGGGGAACACAGGCCUGAGGAGCUCCCUCACCAUGCGCCAAUCACAGGGAGACAUGCCCACUCUCAUCUGCAUCAGCACCAACACUCUCGGCUCCUCCAGCCUCCAGCUCCACCUCCCGUCUCCACAGCAACACUCAGGUUUUGGCAUUAUCUCACUGCUGAUUGCUGCAGCUGCCGGUGCUGGUGCCACGAUGAUGAUAUGCCUCAUAAUGCAGCACAUUCUGAAGAAGAAGAGACACAGCCAGCGCUCUGAAAGUAGAAUGAAGGACAGCGAAGGGAUCAUACUGUCAGAUGGGACGGCCGCUCAAGAUGAGGAAUCGAUCUACGUCAACAAGACCAUGCUGUCGGGCGCGGGUGUGGUGGAAAAGGGGGACGAGGGCGCCCUGCACUAUGCCACCGUGGAUUUCUCCAAACUUCCCGGCACAGGUGGGGAACACGGAACGGGCAUCGUCCGGGGCACUUCCAAACGGACGCCCGACUACGCCAUCAUCCGACACAAAUCCAGGGAAGAGAGAGAAGGAGGAGAGGAAGAAGGUGAGGAGGUGCAGGAGGAGAUGAGGAAGGAGGGCCAAGCUGAGCUGGGCACAGAGAGGGAGUCAGCCGAGGCAAGGGGCGAGAAGGAGGAGGAGCCCACGGAGGAGGCCACCUACGGGAACAUCUGCCCCUCCAGGCCCACUAAGAGGGCACGGCUGGGACUGCAGCAGCCGCCCGGGAACCCUGCUGCAGAGGAGGAGCAGCGCCAGGAGGAGAACUCAGCAGGAGGCCAGGAGGACAUGUACGUGGACGUCAUGAGCCCCUUGACGGAGGGUAAUGGAAAGGGAACGGAGGAGAGUGAGUACGCUGAGGUCAGGAAGCCCAAAUAAGUCACCAUGGAGAUAGGCCAACUCAUCACACCACGCUGCACUCUCAUAAUGCCAAGAUAUUGCUUUACAGACUUGGAUGGAGUUGCAAAAAAAAUAGCAGAUAUUUUAAUCAGGAGAUUAGUGUACAGAAAACUAAGUGAGCUACUCCAGGAAAUACGAAAUACUCCAGGCUGUGAAUAACGCUCAGAGAGCACCCAAUCAGAAGCCAGCACAGAGCAGCAGGCUAAUGGGCUCAAGACAGAGUGAGAAGCAAAGCAACUAAGGCAGAAUAAGUGUUGUUUUUUUAUUAACUCUCGAAUUGCUAACAGGUGAACACGCAAUCUCAUAAUCAGAGUGAUGGUUAUGUCACCCUCUGGUGACCAGCAGGAGGAGGUACAGCUUGAAUCCUCACAGUGGGAGAUGAGUUGUUCCUGUUGGGGCAGGGGGAAUCCCUCUCCCAGCAUGGAGCAGCAGAUACUUGUGUCUGUUUCUUAAUGUCUUUCUUCAGGUCAUCGCCGGAACGUGCAGCAACAAUGCCACGCUCAGGGUGUGCUCGCAUUGGUCAGCACUCCAAUAGUAAACAGAGAUGAACAUUGAACAUUGGCAUAUCUGCCAUUUCAAAAACCAGCCUCAGUGCCACUUCACAGGCUUGCCAACUACUGAUUUUGAUGUUUUUUAUGCUACACUCUUCCUAUGCUGUGGAAACCCCCCUCCAAAUUAGCAUAAAAAAUUUAGACUUUCUUUGCGCAAAACACAACUUCAUGUAAAUCAAACGGAUCCAGACCCCUCAUUCUCUUGAUCAUUUUGAGGAUUGUGUACCUUUUACACUUUUUACUAUUUUAGAUGAAGAUUAUAGUUCUCCCUCAGAAAAGAGAAGGGAGCUAGCCUGGGGGGAAAAGUGCUAUAUCGAGUUAAUUCAUACAUUUCUCUAACUGUGUGGUCACUAUCUUGUUUGCUGAAUAAAGUAUUUAAGUUGUU